AUGAGAAACUAUCAUCCACUUCAGGAUGUCCAUCCAAGUAUGAUCCAUAGACCAGGCAUGCGAGUGGCCGGCAUGCAGAUCUCCCUGGCGGCGGAAGCAAUCUCAGCGGAAGAUCAACCCUUGUCACUGCUAGGAUAUCUGAUUGAUGACAGAUACUUUAAUGGGGAGCAGAUGCAGAACUACAUCAACGGGAAUUGGGCCUUGUAUGCAAGAGUACAACACUAUGACAUGAACUUCUUUGUCAUACGUUUCCUCUGCAAGAACGAUCUAUUGGCAGUGUUAGAUAAUGGGCCAUAUGCAGUACAUGGAGGCCUCUUAAUCUUAAGGAGAUGGUAUGCAGAUGAUGAAAUCGUCCUAGAUCGAGUGAGAAUCAUGAAACUCUCAAUGGACCAAGCAGAACGAAACCAUGCGCCUAUGUACAGGAAUGAACUCAGGGAGAUGUUCCCAGAGACGAUGCGAGCAGAAGGCCAUAGAAACAGCAGAUGGGAGGAUGAUGAAGGGGAUGAUGACUACCACAUUGAGAAUCUGGACAAUGGAGGUCAGGAAGACAUGGAUAUAGGUGAAGGAACAGCUGAAAAUCAACAUGAUGGACCGCCGCCAGGAGAGCAUGGAGCUCCACAUGAAAAUGAUUUCCAUAAUGGAUCAAGUCACUCAUCAUCAACAAGUACAGGAAAAAUAGAGCGAGCAUGGGGCAUUUUCUGCAACGCACAACACACCAGGCUUCUGAGUAGUGGGGAAGAAGAGGAUGGAAAUCAAAGUGUUGAACAAGUGAAGGAAAUGGCAAGUCAGGGGAGGCUGACAGAAAUUAGAGACAACACUGAAGAAAUGUUCCAACUGGAGGAACAAGCAUCGCAAUAUUUCAGUAGACUCUAUAUGGCAGGAGAAAAGAUCAACCAAGUGGAAGAAAACAUCAUACUCAACUGGCCAUUGAUGCUGGAUCCAACUAUACAAACACUCCAGGAUAGGAAGCUUAUGCAGAUGAAGGGAAAGGAUGAUAACCACAGCAGUGGACCAAGGACAGAGCUCAACCAUAGUCACACUCAAAGGUUCAAAAGGAAGGGAAAGAGCUUUCAGGAAAAGAAGUAUGGUCGCAUGCAGUUGGCUUCAUUGAAGCAGACGGAAAAACAUCUCAGCAUGCACACACCACAUGAGAGGCAUAGGACUUUAGAUAGGCUUAACAGAUGGAAAAGAGCUCAUGGAGCAAAUCAGAAAUUGGUGAAUCACAAUGGGAACCAUGAUCACAAGACUCAGAGACAGGAUGGCAAAAGAAGCAGGGAGGAAGAUCAGUUCGAAGCACAGCAACAGAAGCACAUGAUUCUAGAGGAGGAGGAUGGGAAGCAGACUUCAAUCAUGAUCUCUAACCUAACAAUUGCUUUUGGUGACCAAGUGACAGUUCACGACCAGCUCCAAGGACUUGCGGUGGUUGAUCCUAAACAACCGCCUCAAGCAGUAUGA